UUGAGCUGCACAAAAUUUAUUGGAGCUUCGCCACAGGAAAGGUGGAGCAAUGUGAAGAGGCAUCGGCUCUGCUUCAAUUGCCUGCGAAGCGGGCACACGGUUAGAUCCUGCUAUACGCAAGGUGAGUGCCAGAUUAAUGGAUGCCGAAGGGAGCAUCACCGUCUGCUACAUGGUGCGGACGAGGAGCGAAGGCCGCUGCAGCGAGGUGGCUUCAGACGCCACGAAGGGAACCAGCAGCCAGCAGUUUCCAGACGCAGCCCGGCCAGGAGGCCUUCGCUACGAGAUGGUCACAGGGACCAGGAGAGGAACCGGCAGCCAGCCGUUCCCAGCAACAGCCUGGAACCAGGAGCUCCUCGUGAAGCGGGAGCGCCCAUGCAGAGGAAUUUGAGCUGCGUUGACGCCGAAGGAGGCCAUCUACUGUUCCGUAUACUGCCGGUUACGCUGUACGGAGCGGGGCGAAAGGUGGAUACGUAUGCGCUCCUAGAUGAGGGAUCCUCCGUCACGAUGAUCGAUGACGAACUUCGAAGGGAUCUUGGAGUGCAAGGAGAGCGUCGGCAGCUAAAUAUCCGAUGGUUUGGAGGUAAGUCAACCAGAGAGCCUACCAACGUGGUGAGUCUGAAGAUAAGUGGAGUUGGAAAGCCCACUCGCCAUGUAUUGAGAAACGUUUAUGCCGUUUCGAGUUUGAGUUUGCCGAUGCAGACACUGAGCCGACGAGAUGUCCAGGGCGUGCACAGGGAUGCGCGUCUGCCGAUGAAGCCUUACAGCAACGUGGUGCCGAAGCUGCUCAUCGGUCUGGAUCACGGACAUCUGGGGUUGCCACUUAGGACGAGGCGGUUCGCUCGAGAGGGACCGUAUGCGGCCGCAACCGAGCUGGGCUGGGUUGUGUUUGGGCCUGUAAGUGGGCAACCGACCACGCCGUCACCGAGGUCCUGCCUACUUGCCGUGUCAGUGGAUGACGCGAUGGAGAAGAUGGUGGAGGACUACUUCGACAUGGAGAACUUUGGAGUGAAGACCGCGCCGCCGGUCGCAGCCAGCGACGAUGUCCGGGCCCAAAGGAUACUCGAAGACACCACGGUGAAAGUGGGGCGUCGCUACCAGACGGGAUUACUCUGGAAGGACGACCACGUUGUGCUGCCACCGAGCUAUGAGAUGGCGUACAAGAGGCUGGUCAACGUCGAGAAGAAGAUGAAGCGCAACAAGCCGUUGGCGCAGGAAUACAAUCGGAUCAUAAAGGAUUACGUGUCUAAAGGAUACGCGAGGAGGCUGCAGCCGGAGGAGGUCGCGGUAAGGAGCGAUCGCCUAUGGUAUUUGCCACAUUUUGGUGUCGAAAACCCAAACAAGCCCGGCAAGGUACGGCUUGUGUUUGAUGCUGCAGCCAAAGUUGGAGGAACCUCGCUAAACUCGGAGCUGGACAAAGGGCCUCAGCACUAUAAGCCUUUGCCAGCUGUGCUCUUUCAUUUCAGAGAGGGAGCCGUCGGAGUCUGCGGUGACAUCAAGGAGAUGUUCCACCAAGUGCUGAUCCGACCCGAGGAUAGAUGUUCCCAACGAUUCCUCUGGAGAGAUGGCGACGACGAGAGAGAUCCGGAUGUCUAUGAGAUGAACGUAAUGACGUUUGGAGCAGCCUGCUCGCCGAGCGCUGCGCAUUACGUGAAGACUAUGAAUGCCCUGAAGUAUCGGGAUUCGGAUCCGAGAGCGGUCAAGGCCAUCACCGACUACCAUUAUGUCGAUGACUAUGUGGACAGUUUCGCUACAGAGAGCGAGGCUAUCAGCGUAUCUACCCGAGUGAAGGAGAUACAUAAGGAUGCUGGAUUCGAACUAUGCCAGUUUUCAUCCAGCUCACCCACCGUGGAGACGGCUUUAGGACCUGGUCGAGUCAAGAGCGUCGGAUGGGGUGAGGCUGAAGAGAAGAUCCUCGGAAUGCGUUGGCAAGUAGCAACAGAUGACUUCAGAUUCAACGUGGAGUAUCAUCGAGUGCCAAGCAGCGUCCUGAGUGGAGACCGAGUCCCUACGAAGAGGGAAUAUUUGAGCCUGGUGAUGUCUACGUUUGAUCCCCUGGGAUUCCUGUGCUGUCUCAUGGUUACAGCGAAGCUGCUGCUGCGAGAGAUUUGGAGGCAGAAGAUCCAGUGGGACGAACCACUACCGGAGGAAUUAAGCAAAGCCUUUGCGAUUUGGCGCAAAGAGAUGGACGCCGUGGGACAGUUCCGAUGUCCGCGCCAUUAUUUUGGGCGUGGAGCAGUCCGGGCCGUAGAGUUGCACGUCUUCGUGGAUGCUAGUCAGGCAGCAUUCGCGGCGGUGGCCUAUUGGAGGGUCACGUAUGAGGACGACGACGUGCAGGUGAGCUUCGUGAGUGCGAAGACGAAGUGUGCCCCAAUGAGAACGAUGACGAUCCCACGGCUGGAGCUACAGGCAGCAGUUCUUGGAACCAGGCUGAUGAACACUGUCAAGGAGGAGCACAGUGUGGUCAUCACGGACCUGGUGUUAUGGACGGACUCUAAGACGGUGCUGAGAUGGAUCGGCAGCACCCACCGCCGGUAUAAGCAGUUUGUUGGCAACCGAGUGGCGGAGAUUUUGGAGUCGUCGAAGGUUUCCAAAUGGAGAUGGGUGCCUACAACCGAUAAUGCGGCUGAUGAUGCGACGCGGUCGCAGAAAGGAGUCGACCUUAGCCAGGAAUCAAGGUGGCUAAGAGGACCUGCAUUUUUGAGGCAGCCAGCAGCCAGCUGGCCGGGGCCUGAGGAAGGAACUGAGCGUGUUCCAGAUGCCCCUGAUGAAGAAGAGAUGCCCAGUGAGUUUGCAUUAGUUGUGGCAGACCAAUUUGUUAUUCCGUUUCAGAGAUUCUCGAGCUUCAGUCGCCUGGUGAGGACCACAGCCUGGGUCCUACGGUUUGCGCGCUGGUGCCGCAAACAGCGAAACGAGCUCGAGGAAUACGGCCUUACUGCAGCAGAAUGUAAGGCCGCGGAGAACCUGUUGGUCAGACAGGCACAAUUGGAGUCUUUCCCCGACGAGAUGAGGUCGGCGGAAACUGGACAGGACGUCGGUAGAUCGAGCGACAUUCGAGGGUUGGUGCCCUACCUAGACGAGGACGGGAUUCUGCGAGCUUACGGCAGAAUUGAUGCCGCACUGUGCAUGCCGUACAGUGCGAGGAGGCCCGUAUUACUGUCACACAGGCACAGUCUGACAGAGCUGAUUGUGAGAGACUUCCACGCCAGGAUGAAGCAUCAAAAUGUGGAUGCUACGAUUGCGGAGAUCCGGACAAAGUUCUGGGUCACAAAGAUGAGGCGUGUGAUGCGGAGAGUCAUCUCAUCGUGCAACGAGUGCAAGUUGCAGCGAGCGCGGCCGAUGCCGCCGAUAAUGGGACCCCAUCCGGAAGACAGACUGGAUGCGGGUGGAUGGCCAUUCAAAUACACAGGACUGGACUACUUUGGGCCACUGCUGGUGACUGUGUCCCGUCACAAGGAGAAGCGUUGGGUCGCCUUGUUUACGUGUUUGACGACAAGGGCGAUUCACCUGGAGCUGGCGCAUGACCUGUCGACGGAUUCCUGCAUAAUUGCGAUCAGGAACUUCGUCUGUCGUAGAGGGCCAGUAUAUAGACUGCGCAGCGAUAACGGCAAGAACUUCGUGGGAGCUGACAGGGAAGCCAGGCGCUUUGGUGACGUAUUCGAGAUGGAGAAGCUUCAGAGUGAGUUGUCAAGCAGAAGCAUUGAAUGGGUUUUUAAUUGUCCAGCGAACCCGUCUGAGGGCGGAGUUUGGGAGCGCAUGGUGCAGUGCGUCAAGAGAGUACUGCGUCAUACCCUGAAGGAAGUUGCGCCGAGGGACCAUGUAUUGGAGAGUUUCCUGAUUGAGGCGGAGAAUAUUGUAAACUCGCGUCCGCUCACCCACUUGCCUGUGGAUGCGGACCAGGAGGCGCCGUUGACGCCAAACGAUCUACUCAAGGGAGUAGCCAAUCUGCCGGAUACACCUGGAUUGGAUGCGGAGCUGCCCAAGGAGUGGUCUACGAGGAAGCAGUGGAGGAUUGCUCGCCUGCUACGAGACCGUUUCUGGAGGAGGUGGGUCAUGGAGUACCUGCCUACGCUUGUGCGCCGCGAGAAGUGGUGCCGCCGAACGGAGCCCAUCCACCAGGGUGAUAUGGUCUUCGUCUGUGAUCCUGCCUUGGCCCGACGAGAGUGGCGCAAGGGCAUCGUGGAGGAGAUCUACAGCGGAGCUGAUGGAGUCGUCAGACGCGCUAAGGUGCGCGUGAACGACAACGGCCUAUCUAGGACAAUGAUGCGACCCGUCUCUAAACUUGCAGUUUUGGAUUUGAGUGAAGCGGUUCUUCACGGGGUCGGGGAUGUCGCGGAUCGAAUAUUGUUAUCGAUAGGCUAGUUAGUAUUUUGAGAAGUCCGAAUGUGGAAGGAUUUGUAAGCCCAUAUGUGUCUGGGCACAUUGUUAUUAGCCAUUGUAAAUUGCCGGGAAAAUUUAGCUUUUCAUUGUCGUGUAAAAGUUGGAGGACACACUGCGAAUAAAACGUGUUCUACUACCACGGAUUAGUCUGCCUUUUCUUUCGGGAACCAAUGCGUGGAGUAGCCGUUUAAGGCAACUCCAUUUGACGCAC